AUGGUGUCCAAACCAUCUUUCAGCAAGAGAGAAGUGCUGUCGCAGAUCGCCAAGUUGUUCGAUCCUGCAGGUUGGCUUGCUCCCGUGGUCAUUUGGGCCAAGAUUUUUAUGCAAGAAAUCUGGAAGCAAGAAAUCGGCUGGGACGACUCCUUACCGGCGGAUCUCACAGAGCAGUGGACCAGUUUUCUGCGAAACUAUUCGUCCUUGCAGGACAUCCGCAUUCCUAGAUGGACCAACUACACUCCCGGCGCAAAAGUCCAAUUCCACGGUCUUUGCGACACCUCUCAAAGCGCGUAUAGAGCCGCUCUUUACGCACGUGUGGAAACAGCUGGACAAGUGUCUGUGAGCCUUCUAGCAGCGAAGACUAGAGUUGCACCUAUCAAGACGGUCUCUCUACCUCGUCUUGAGCUGUGCGGAGCUCUCCUGUUGGCAGAAUUAUCCGCCGCCCUCCUACCACAUUUUCCCACCCCCGACGCUGAGACGUACCUGUGGACAGAUUCCACUAUAGUUCUGGCAAGGUUGGAUAAGCAGCCAUGCAAGUGGACCACUUUCGUGGCGAACCGAGUGGCCAAGAUUCACUCGGUGAAUGGCACCUGGCAACAUGUUCGUUCCGAACACAACCCAGCCGAUCUGGCAAGCCGCGGUGUUUCGCCGCAAGAGCUAUUGGCCAGUCGCCUUUGGUGGCAGGGGCCUGAAUGGCUGACGCACUCACCAGCGCAGUGGCCUUCACCAGUCAUUGGGCUCGAUACUGAAUUGGAGUGUCGAGCGGUGAAGGUCCAUGCAGCGCAAGUCCUAUGUGAGGACUUCCUCGACAGUUUCUCCAGGUUCGAUCGAGCGCUCCGAGUGUUUGCGUAUGUGCGAAGGUUUGCCCAGCGUUGCCGCCAUCCCAAGGUCUCGUUUCCAGAGACGCUCAGCUCUCAAGAGCUUGCAGAAGCUCAAGAGAGGCUGAUUGUACAGGCUCAGAACCGGGUAUACGUGAAAGAGUGUGCUUCCCUCCGGUCCCAUUAUCGUUUAAUCGGGUCAAGCGAUAUCCUAAGCUUGAAUCCGUUCCUUGACAAGCAAGGUGUCCUGCGUUCCUGUGGACGCGUCAGAGCGUCCACCUCCUUAUCCUACGACGAACGGCAUCCAAUAAUUCUCCCGUUCGGCUGCGUGUUUUCACGCCUCCUGGUUUCGUUCACGCAUCAAGUCUCCCUCCAUGGAGGCAACCAAUUGGUGAUGCGGCUGGUCCGAACCAAGUUCUGGAUUCCCAAGCUAAGGAACUUGGUGAAGACAGUAAUUAGUGCAUGCAAGACCUGCGUGAUUCAUCGCCGCAAGCUCCAGUUGCAGCUGAUGGGUGAUCUCCCAACCGCUCAGUCGACCUUUUCGCGACCUUUCACUAACUCCGGAGUAGACUUCGCCGGUCCCUUCGACGCCAAGAGCUACGUCGGACGGGGCUGCAACAUUACGAAGGGUUACGUAUGUGUCUUCGUGUGCUUCAGCACGAAGGCAAUCCAUCUUGAGGCGACCACGGAUCUGACAGCGGAAAAGUUCUUGGAAGCUUUCUCCCGAUUCGUGGCACGGCGCGGGUGCCCUCUUCACAUGUACUCUGACAACAGGAAAACGUUCGUCGGAGCCUCCUCCAUUCUCUCCAAAGAAUUUGUGGAGAGCACCCGCAACCUGAUUCUCACCACUCACAGCCAUCAAGGUCUUGCAUGGCAUUUCAACCCACCUGGUGCCCCUCACAUGGGGGGUCUCUGGGAAGCAGGCGUCAAGAGUUUCAAGACGCAUUUCUACAAGACGGUAUCCUCCGUAAAACAUACGUUCGAGGAACUUUCCACCCUCCUGUCCAAAAUUGAAGCGUGUCUCAAUUCGCGGCCUUUGUCUCCUAUGUCAGAGGAUGUGAGCGACUUGGCGGCACUUACUCCCGGUCAUUUCCUGAUCGGGGGUCCGCUACUCUCCAUGGCGGAGCCAGAGUCCAGAGAGGAUGUGGAGUCCAUCCGCAACCGCUGGCAACGGCUCAAGGCUCUCCAUCAGCAUUUCUGUGUGCGAUGGAAGAACGAAUAUUUGAGGGAAUUGCAUAAGCGGAAUAAGUGGCAGUCACCUUCACGCGAUCUCCAAAUCGGUGACAUGGUGGUCAUCAGAGAGGAGAAUAUACCACCACAAGAAUGGCGCCUCGGGCGUGUGCUGACCGCUUGCCCAGGUGCUGAUGAAAUGGUCCGUGUGGUAGACCUCCAGACGUAUCAUGGUGUUUUCCGCCGACCAGUUGCAAAGCUGGUCCUCCUUCCUACGGGACGCGCGCUCUGA